AAACUGAAUUGCCGGGAAGAGCGAGCGCGUGAGGUUUGACUUUGAAAAGGGUAAAACAGUCAAUUCAAAAAUCAUAAUCAUUCUAUAUAUAGAAGUUUCUCCUUGUGAAGCGCGUAAAAUCGAAGAAGAUGCGUCGAUCGGCGAGCGCCUCCAUAGUUUCCGACCAACUCUCAGCGAAUUCACCGUCACCAUCACCAUCUCCGCCGCGAAUUAAAACCGCCGCAGAUUCAGAUGAUAGCCACCUUCUUUUACCUAGGUACGAUCCCAACUCUCAUCCGGGGAAGAAGAACAAAUCGCGAUUCAGAUCCGCCGAGAACGCUAUCCAUUUCAUUCCAAUCGUACUCAUUCUCUGCGCCGUUAUACUCUGGUUGUUUUCGAAUCCAGCAAUGAUCAAACAAUGAAGAUUACAUGGUGGAAGACAGACUUUGAUUAGGUCAAGCUUACUCUGUUCUUGUUGUGACAGUUUUCUCACAAAUGUUAGCUUCUUUGUCUCAUUAGCAUAAACGAAUUACAUUGUAUGAUUCUUUAACAUUUAAUCACAGAGUUUAUAUUAACUUCUUUGAGAUUGUUCCUCUGA